AUGACUCUCACCGAUGAGGAGCUCGACCGCGACUGGCAGCCCAACGGCCGUCGCCCCCAAUCAACCAUCGCCCGUUCCUUCUCGGCAGAGCUGAUGGACAUUUUUCGCAUCGAAAACUCACUGAGCGACCUGGACCAGCAAGUCCACGACAAGAAGCAAACUGUCGACAAGAACACGGAGGAGCUUGCCUCGAUUGAGGCUCGUAUCCGUGAGAUGGAGGACCGCCUCCGCCGCUCCGCUCCGGGCGGAUCGCGACCCCCUCUCCCCCAGGUCGCCAACAAGGGCGCCGCCGACGACGAGCAGCAGCACAACCAGAACCUUCAGGCCGAAGACGCUUCCAAGGAUGACGCCAAGGCCCGUUCACGACCAGGCACCGCCCGCGCCACCCAGCAGGCCCCGUCCUCGGGCAACAUGCCCCCGACCCCGGGUGCCAGUGAAGGUGAAUACUAUGUCGUCACCCACGCUGACUUGCGAGACGGGCCCCGCUGA